AUGGAAAAUUAUGAUUUUCUGGGAUUUUUUGUUGCCGCUGAUUUUAAUAAUGACGGUCACCAGGAUCUUGCAGCUAUGAAUUAUGAAAGCGGCAGCGUAGGUAUCCUAGUUGGAGAUGGCAAUGGGACUUUUGAAACAAUGCAAUUAUUGACAAACUAUAAUAUAUCAGAAACAGUAUAUAAUAAAGGAAAGUAUUGGUUGACAGUAGGCGAUUUCAAUGGGGACGGUCAUAUAGAUAUUGGUUUCAUCGACCUUACCAGUUGUAAUAUAGGUUUAUUUCUUGGCUAUGGAAAUGGGUUUUUUACGACCCAAAUAACAUUGUCUAGCAGAAGUGAUCUGUGUUAUUCAUCGUUUGUUAUCGCUGAUUUCAAUGGUGACGGUAAACAGGACAUAGCUGUCACUAUACCUACUGAAUUUUGCGUAGAUGUGAUGUUUGGGUAUAAUAAUGGAAGUUUUGAAGCGUCAUUGAUCUUAUCAACAGGAAUUUACAGUUAUCCAUCUUCAAUCGUUGCAAAUGACUUUAACCGUGACAGAUAUCUUGACAUUGUCGUUGCGAACACAGGCAAUCACAACAUUGGUGUGUUUCUUGGAAACGGUGAUAGGAGUUUUCAAGCACAAAUGAUAUUUACAACAACAGCUAGUUAUCCACCAGUCUCAAUCACCGCCGCUGAUUUCAACGGCGAUGGUCAACUGGAUAUUACUUUCACUAUUUUACAAGCUGCGUAUAAUUUAUUUUCUACAAAGAAUUUUGUAUAUGUAUUGGUUGGAUAUGGCAACGGGAGUUUUGGAGAACCAGUUAAAAUUUCCACAUGGACUUUGACUCCAACUCAUGUUGGUGUGGGUGAUUUUAAUGGUGACGGUGGAUUUGAUUUAAUCCUUCUGGGAAAUUGGGAGAGCAAUAAUACUAUAGUAUUAAACGCAAGUCCUUGUUCUAUACGUAACUCUUCAAGUCAAUUAUAUUCAUCUACCACUAAAUUUCCAUAA